AUGAAUUCAUCAAUCCCAUAUCGUAAUAUGCUGGUGAAUGGACGUGAAUCAUUUCCAUAUGAAAAUUCAAUGCCUUAUUCUCAAUACAAUAAUUUUCCUGCAUCAACACAAGUUAUGCACUCGACAAUGUUUAAUAAUAAUAGUAAUAAUACUAUUAAUAGUAGUAACGAUAUGAGCAAAUUAAAUUCAUUUCAACACUUUGAACAAUUCCCUAUACGAAAUACGAAUUGUCCUACAAAAUAUUCACAACACUAUCCUGAUAAUGAUCAUAAUAACAAUCUUAUUAAUAAUAAUAGUACUGGAUAUAAUCGAAAUUUACAAGCAAAUCAUCAAUCAAUAAUUGGCAGUAAACGCUGGCCAACCACCUCUGAAUCACAACGUUGUCCAUCAUCAUAUAAUGCCUAUAAUCCUUAUCCAUUGGGAAAUAAUUACCAAAGCGGACAACCAUCGUUACAACAUUCCAAUUUACGAUCAAAAUUAGACAAUUCUGAUCCAUGCAUACAUCCCAUGAAUCAUCGUAUUCAUCCUACACAAAAUAAUAAUAAUAAUAAUAGUAAUAAUAAUCACUAUGGACAAUAUUUUUCACAUCCCCUUCCUGCUCCUACUCCAGCUCCUGUGCCACUGCCGCCUUCAUCUACUUCUCAGGCUCCACAAUACUAUUCAUCAUCAUCAUCAUCAAAUUCUCUUUAUUAUCCCCAACAGCCUCGUUGUCCUUCAAGUCAAUAUACACAAUUUCAUCAACCACCGCCCCCACUGCCGCUGGUGCCACCUCCGCUGACACAAUCAAUUUGUCGAGAUCCAUUACAAUAUGAUGAAAAUUACCACCAUCCAGCAUCAGCUAGUGGUGGUGUUGAUAGACGGCGACUGUUAUUCCCUAAUGAGGAUAACAAUCUGUCCAUUAUGCCGGGAAGUGUUCGACCACCACCGAAUGAUAAUACAAACCAUAGUGGUGAAUUCAUUACUGGGAAUUGGUCACCACCAACAACAACAACACCAUCGUCGGAGAAAACUUCUGUCUAUGCAGAAAAUCAACACGACAUUAAUAAUGCUAAUAAUCAUAAUAAUCAAAAUAUUCUUCGACAUGGUGGGAUCAAUAAUUCUGGUUUAUUAGGCAGCAGCGGUGGUGUUGGUGGUGGUUCUGGCGGAUAUUCCUCUUUUUAUCCUUCUGAUACAAAUCUAGAUAAUCGUCAACAGUUCUCAUCGAAUUUGCCGAGUGGAUGUUUUACUUCAAAUACUUCUAUAGAACAACCAAUUAAUGGUGGUGUUGGUGCAAUGUCAGAAGAUCAGAUUCGUACUAUUCUGAUUGGUUUUUCAACGUCAUAUUGUUUAUCUCGAUCAGACAAAAAAAAACUCCAAAGGUUAAUUAGCAUACCUGAAUAG